CAACUUCCCUUUUUUUUUAUCAGUUCUGUACUUUGAGGCUAAACAAGAGCACCAGCACCAGCAACACUAUCAUCACACGCAAGUACACCAAACGCAGCCGUCACAACAAGUAGUAGCUUUUACAGAGAGCGCCAUGCCAUCCUUGUCCUUGGUGCCUCCCGAAUCAUCCUCAUCGCAAUCGUCAAUGCUAGAUGUUGAGGGCUCUACCACUGUGGCUCCUCCAGGCACAGAUCAUCAAGCAACCCAUCAUAUAUGCGUUGGCAAUCUAAGCAUCGAAAACGUGCAAGCCGUGUUGCGUCUUCUUCGAUCUUCAGGUCGCAUCAAAACAACGUAUCCAGACUUGCUGCUAGGCCCAGGCAUAUUGAUGGUGACAUUCUAUGAUUUAAGAGAAGCAGCAGUUGCACUUGAAUCGAUCAAUUCAUCCGAGUAUCAAGAAAGAGUUAGAGCGACAUAUAUAUCCGAUGUUCAAUUGGCUACGCUGUCCAACACCCCACCUCAAGACAGCCGAUCCGCUAGAACGGUGAUUGUAACUCUCUGCGGUGCUCAUGAUCGCUUGGUGGAAUUCAAUUACAAGGAAGUUUUCGAUACUUGGGGAGCUACAAGAAGUAUGAUUGAGAUGGGAUUCUCCGGUAGUCGGCGCACGUUCGAAGUUGAAUUCUUUGACCAACGUGUUGCCUUCCGAGUCACAGCUGAGCUGCACAAUCACGCCUAUCAGCUUGAGGGUAUCUCUUUCCAUGUCUGCAACGCUUGGCUUGGUCCUACUCGUGGUAAUGCUUUCACUCCAUUUAAUGCUUCCGGUGCUGUCCACGCCCGGCAAACGAACAGCCAUCAUUGACCUCUGGAACCCCCCCCCCCGCGGCGGAACGAAUGAUGACAUUGUUGCUUUUAUCGUUUCUGCUGUAAUUGAUUAGCCAAUAAAGCGAAGACUUUGAACACGGCGAGAAAGAGGAUAUACAGAAUGAUAUAAUAAGUCAGGGUGAUGAAUAAGUUGGAAAACUGGUGUUCAAGUUCCUGCAUCUGGCGUUCUGUCCUCAUUGUAAAGUUGGAGAAGAGGCUGGGUGGGAGUGGUAGUAACCAUUCGACGAGGCGAUCCCAAAGGGCGAAUAGCGACCACGGCGAGGAUGGUUGCAAUACUGUAG